AUGCCCCGCCACAAGAAGUACUAUACAAGCGAGCAACGUAAGGAGGCUAAUCGCCUGAAUAACAAGCGUUUCUACGAAAAGAAGAAGGCAGAAAUAAAUGCUCGUCGACGAGCGAAAUACCGAAAGAAGGCGAAUCGGGCCAAACGCCAAGGUACAGAGGGCGAGGGAGCGACAUCUCACGAGAUGUCGGGAAUAGGCGCCCGGGCGCCUGUCGUUCCACGCGAUCCCAUGCAGGCGAAAGUCGAGUUCGCUCUAGACAGGGUCAACGCCAUUGAAAAACGCGCCUUGCGCAUCGUAGGCGACGACCCGUCCGCGUUCUACCAGCAGGUUUUCGAAGAGGCCGUCGCCGGCAACGCCGUAGAUAUCGUUGAAGGACACAUGGCACGCUUUAACAGGCUCACAGAUAAAAUCACUCGUCAUCGCGCAAUGGUUCUGGAUAUUUCAGGCGUAUCAGAGACUUACAGGGCGAUUGGCGACGUUUUGGAGAAGGUGGAUGGCAUAGUGUCCAUGUUGGAAGACAUCUACGCCUAUGCUCUGGAGGGGUUAGAUGUACUACAGGCCAUGUUUCGUCAAGGGAAGCUUAAGUAUCAAGCCUUGAAGCGGGGACGGGAGAACGCGUAG